AUGCACCUUUUCCGACACUCGCUAGGCUCAAAGCACCUUGCGAUUAUGCAACUAUCCCACCUUUACCCACCGAACAAGAGAGCUCUUGAGUCAGGGGUCCAGGACAGCAACACAAAGCAGCUUAGAUAUACCGUGUCCCAUGACGCAGUCACAUCGUUCAGCCAGACCGCCAUAAUGCAUCUGCAACUGGAGGGGAGUGUUAUCGGCAUCUUGCGUCACUGA